CCAAGCACAACACGCAAAUGAAGAAGUAUACGACUGUUUCACAUCUUUAGAAAAUAUGGUAGAUAGAAUGAUACUGAACAAUUUAAAGCAGUCAAAAAUGACCGACUUCUUCCAAUUGCAGCAGCAAUAGUUUAUGUUAUCUUGAAAAUAUGCUUUGUACAUAUUGUAGUUGGAAAAAAAUAUUGAAUAUGGAUCCAGGUAUAAUAUGUUUUCAGCACUGCGGUCCAAAAAUUUUUUGUUUUACUCUGCCAGAAGCUUGCCCAGCGUGCCAAGAAGAUUUGGAAACCGCGAAUUUUUCACUCUUGCCAUUCAGGGUUCCUUAUCCGUUUAUAAAAGCAUCUCAGUACCCUUGCUCAGUAGUUAUUAAACCUACAACAGGAGAUUUUCUAAACGAUUACCAUAAUUCAAAAGAUCUGCACAUAGGAGUUACUACGUCAGAUGGCAAAAUUGUAGAAUUCGACAGACAUGGUCUAAGAUGUCACAAAAGUAAUCAAUGGAGCCAAUGUUUACUGCUAGAACAAGUUCCUGGACCCUGGCGAGACCACUGGGAUAACGUUCUAAAAAAAGUCUGUUCUCAAGGAUUUUGGUCUUCGGAAAUAUAUAAGGAAGAUACUCAUAACUGUUUUACGUUUGUCUUGACAUUUUUAGUUAAUUUAGGUUACUAUUCUUUAAGUGCUGCUGCAAAAAGUAAAACGGUUUUUUGUGAAAAAUUUAUUAUUCCUAGAACUAGCUCGGCUGGAAAAUAUAUAUCGGUGUAUAGGAGGUUAAAAUCCGGGAUUUAUAUUCAUAGGAUCCAGAAAUAUUAACCAUACGACGGUUAUCUUUUUAGUUUUGCAUAUAGCCAUAAAGACAAAAAAUAUUUAGACUUAAAGUACUUUAUUGCUUUUCAAAAUAUGUCCCACCAAGAUCGAUAUUCUUUUGCAUACGUUCAAACCAAUAAUUGGUAAAACAAUUUAUUCCAGUCUUCAGUUGACACCUGCAAAAUUGCUGUUAAGGCAUCGAUGGCUUCUGGCGACUGGAAUCGCCAACCACGCAUUGAAUUCUUGAUCUUUAGGAACGUGAAGAAGUCGUUGGGACUUAGAUCUGGUCUGUAGGGUGGAUGGUUUAACAAUUCGAUGUUUUGAAGCUCCAAAAACUCUAUUGUCCUUUGGGCAUUGUGAGCACGUGCAUUGUCCUGAUGUAGGAUGAUUCUCCGUUGUGUUUUGCUUUGUCCUAGUUUUGCGAUAACUUCUGGUAAACAAAUGAUUAUACACCAAUCAGAAGCAACCGCUCUUCGAUCUUCUAAAGCAGUAAGUGUUGCCACAUGACCAGAUUUUAACACAAAAGUUGCAACUAUUUUCUUUGACACACUUCGAGAACGGAUCACUUUUGAUGAUUUUUCCUCAUCGGAAACACCCACGCCGCGGAGAGGCAUUUAUUUUCCGGUUCGUAGCAGUAAAUCCAAGAUUCAUCGCCACUAACAACACUAUAAACGUUUUUUGAGCUUCCUUUGUUGAACCAUUUCAAUGUUUUGCGACACCAAUUGACGCGAACUGCUUUUUGAUCUUUUAUGAGCAGAUGAGGGAUUCAACGGGAAACUAACUUCGUGACACCCAGUUCUUCAUGUAGGAUCUUUUGGAUCGAGGUCUUUAAAAUGCCCAAAGAUGCCUCUCAUCUCCCGGUAUCUUACACGGCGGUCAUCCUUAAUUAGCUGACAUACCGCAUCAAUGUUUUGCUGUUGACUACUGUUUAGGGUGGACCUGGUCUGGAUUCGCCGCUGAAACUGGAGCGACCACUUUGAAAUUCGCAAUACCAGCGGGAAAUAGUUGACUCAUGUGACGCUUUAUUCCCAAAUACAGAAACAAUUUCAUCGAGACAUUGCUGUUUGGAUAAUCCUCUCCGAAAAUUGUAAAAAAUAUUUAUGAUGCUUCAUUCCCAAACACAGGAACCAUUUCAUCGAGAUAUUGCUGUUGGAAUAAUCCUCUCCGAAAAUUGUAUAAAUUGUUCUCGGCUAAGAUCCAUUUUUCGACCGACAUGCUAAUUUCAAAAAUUCACUUAUCUACACCACUUGUAUCGCAAUGAAAUUCUGGAUUUAAGUCGACAAAAGUUUGAGGUUACGUUUGUGUCGGAAGGUUUUAUUGGUGGUGCCCUCUAAGCGGCUAUAUGCAAAACUGAAAAGACAAACCUCGUAUAAGUUAACGAUCGUUCAAAAUCAUUCAAUAUCUCCAAUAUUAGAACGGGUAUAAUUUUAUUAUUAAGACUGUUAUUUGAGUACCUAUUAGUAAAUCGUCUUGAUAUACCAAAAA